AUGUUCCAAUUCCUGUCGCAGAGCAGGGCUGCUCCAGCCGUAACCGAUGUACCUCGUGCUUUGCCAGCAUCUUGGUACCGAGAACCUGCUAUGUAUGAAUUGGAGAGACGAGCCGUAUUCUCCAAGCGAUGGCUCUUGGUUACUCAUAAAAGUCGCUUCAACAAGACGGGAGACUACGUUAAAUAUCAAGAGGCGGGCUUCUCUUUCUUCCUUUGUCUCGAUAAAGAGGGGAACUUGAAUGGCUUCCAUAAUAUCUGUCGUCAUAGGGCAUACCCAGUUAUCACUAAAGACGAGGGCAAUGCUAAGAUUCUUGCUUGCCAGUAUCAUGGUUGGUCAUAUGGCCUCAGUGGAAAACUUGCCAAAGCUCCACGAUUUGAAAACAUGGACACUUUCGACGCCGAAAGCAACAGCUUAUUCAAAGUUCACGUCCAUGUCGACGACAGGGGUUUCGUAUGGGUCAACCUUGACGGCAAUAAAACCCCAGUACCAUGGAAGGCCGAUUUCAGCGGUGCCGAUAAGCAACCAAGACUUGAUAACUUCAAUAUGGAUGAUUAUUCUUUCGAUCAUGCCUGGGACAUGAAUGGGAACUAUAACUGGAAGACCCUGGUUGAUAACUACAACGAGUGCUAUCACUGCUCAGUUGCUCAUCCUGGUAUUGCUGCUACCUCUGAUCUGAAGACUUACAAAGUCGAGACCAAGGGCGGCCAGAUCCAGCAUUACGUGCAAGACAAACCAGGAAAAGAUUCUGGUCUCGAUGUUGCACCAACCUUUUUCUUCCCGAAUGCAUCAGUUACAAUGACAACCAAAUACUUUUAUCUCAUGCGUGUUGUCCCAUCAUCAGCAACUACAACAUCAAUGCAAUACGAAGUCUAUCGCCACAAAGACGCCACAAACGAAGAGUUUGAAGAAAUUGACCAGUUCUUCAAGCAAGUUGAAUCUGAAGAUAAAGAUCUUUGCAACGCGGCCCAGAAGAACCUCAACGCAGGUGUCUAUAUCACAGGAGAUUUGAACUCGUUCAGCGAGAAAGGUGUGUUGUACUUUCAAAGACUACUCAAAGAAGCGGUUGUUCAACAUCGGAAAGAGGAGCAAAAGGAUGGCAAGGAGAUUUGGCCAGCGACUCGUGUUGCUGCAAGGAGUGGAAUUCAGGAAGAGGUUGAGUUUUGUGAGGGGCUUUGUCAGUCGACGAACAAAGAAGUUGAGUGGUGAUGUCGUAAAGCAAUCACAAUCACGUUGCCUUUUUCCCAAAUGAAGAUUGUAUAAUCUCUCAUAGGCACAGUGGUUCCGUG